CCCCAUAAUUCCUCGCAGCAGGAGACUGUACGGUGGGCGGGGAGGCCAUCCUUAAAUUAAAAAAAAGCCAAUCGGGCGCGUUUUGGAGGAAUCUAAUAUCUGAGGGAGCGGGGCGCUAAGUUUCUCGUCCUGCGAGAAGCGGGGGUAGGAGGCGGUAGUGCUGUUUUUUCCGGAGAGAAGCGGGUAAAGUUCAAGCACAAAGAAGCGCAGGUUUCUUUCGUUCAGUGGUUAGUUGAGUAAGAGGAGCUGUCCUUGGCGCUGCUUGCUGCUGCGAUGGCUACUUUAGUGAAAAGGAUCAUCAGCACUGCUAAAGCUCCAGCUGCCAUAGGCCCUUACAGCCAAGCAGUGCUGGUAGACCGGACCAUGUACAUUGCAGGACAGGUAGGCAUGGAUCCUUCAAGCGGUCAGCUUGUACCUGGAGGAGUAAAGGAACAAACUAUACAGGCCCUUCAAAAUAUUGGAGAAAUUCUGAAAGCUGCUGAAUGUGACUAUGGCAAUGUGGUAAAGACUACUGUGCUGAUGGCUGACAUGAAGGACUUUGAUGUUGUUAAUGAAAUCUACAAGCAAUUCUUCAAGUGCAACUUUCCAGCCAGAGCAGCCUACCAAGUUGCUGCUCUUCCAAAAGGUGCACGUGUUGAGAUUGAAGCUAUUGCCGUCAAAGGACCUCUCCAAGAUGCCUCAGCAUGACUAUAAAAGUAGUGGCUCUCAGUAUUCCCACCUCUAGUUUGUCAUGCUUCUUGUUGGAUUCAGUUCUGGUAUUGGCUUCCCUGUAAAAUGUUGUCAUUCCAGACUGGGAUCCUGCAUGAAGUCUUCUGGCAUAUUUUAGCACUUGCACAGAUUCUCCUUCCCCAUGCCAUAAAGGCUCUUGGCAUAUCCAAGAUUUGGUAUAUAUGAAGCUCAUUAAAUAUCUUUUUGGGAGAAAUAACAAGUAAAUUCAUUCUAUAGUUCUUGGGAGCCAAGAUAGCAUUCUUUACUAUGCACUACAUUAACCAGAACAAAAACAUUUGAAGGAAAAACUGUGAAGAGCAUUAUCAUACUAUUGUAUUAUAGGUAAAUGUUGAUAACUAGCUUUAGCCCACUUCGGGAACAUAGUCAUUGAACUUCUGUUCUGACUUCAUCUGACUUACUAGACAAGAUAGUAUUCACCGUUGCUACUAAUUUUAUAGUGAGAAGACCUUUUGUGUGUGUUUUCUAUUUCAUGGUUGCAAAUAACUUUACCUGCCAAAAAUAGCUAAUUAAUCUAAACAGCUAACUUGGAGGGGAGUUAUAUAAUAAAGCAGUUACAUAAAAUAUCACAUUUAGAUUAUACAGCUACAAGAGUGGCUGUAUUUUAUAGCCAGCAUAGAUAUUUCAUUCUGUCAUGUUACAUUGAAAAUACUGUCCCCUAUGUUAUAGUUCAACAACAUCUGGAGGGCCAAAGGUUCUCCACACUUGAUUUUCUUCAAAACAUGCUAAACCAACUUCAGCUAGCUAAUUGUAGUCAGGCAUCCUUCCAAGCCAAGUUAUAUGUUCUAGUCUGUCCCACAGCCUUAAAAGUUACCCCCUUAGGAAACAGUCACACAAAUCAAGCAUGGGAAACGCAUGGGAAUAGAAGGAGCUUUGCUAAGUGCUCACAUCAGUACUUAGUGUGGGACAUGUGAUCUUAACAGAUGUAUUUGUAUUGAACAUUUACUAAGAGACAAACACAUUUAAAAUUGUAAUAAAAGAUUUUCUUCCUCUAA